AUGAAAGCGAUAAACAUAGUCAGUUUGGCACUUUGUACUUUGUGUGUUUUGGCCGACAUUAAAGUUCCAAAAAUCAAUUCUACAACUCUCAUACUUGGUGGCAAAAAUGCCAAAGAAGGACAAUUUCCAUAUCAAGUGUCACUUCGCUAUCAAGGAUUUCAUUUUUGCGAUGGUUCUAUCAUUAAUAACAGCAAACAAAUCCCAGGAGUUCAGCCAUUUACCCUUGACAAUUUGUAUUUUAUCGGUGCAGAAAUAUUUGACCUUGAAAACUGUGCUAGGAUUUUCCGGGAGAAUUUAAUUCCCAAAGUUACUGAAUCAAAUAUAUGCAUUUCAAGUCCAAAGGCAGUGGGAGUAUGUAUGGGUGAUUCUGGUGGUCCAUUGGUUGAUGCAAGAGAUCCCAAAAAUAAAGUAUUGGUUGGAAUUAUUUCCUGGAGCAUACCUUGUGGCACUAAAUAUCCAGACGUUUUUACACGUGUUUAUUCAUAUGCUAGUUGGAUUGAAAGUGUAAUGGCAAAACAUGUGCCGAAGCCGACAGAAGCGCCACCAACAGAAGUGGCAUCAACCGAAGCGCCAACACGAGAGCCACCGAUAAUAACACAAUUUCGAUGCAACGAAAAAGUGGCAAUAAUUGAAUGGGAAGCACGUGGAAAAAAUAUUAAAUACUAUACUAUUCAAAAAAAAUCAUCUAAAGAAUAUUGGUGGACUACGGCUGCUGAUUAUAUUAAAUAUACACAUCAUAAGAUUUCUCAACCAGAAAAAGGUUUCACGUUCCGUGUGAUUGCAAAAUAUAUAGAUGGAAAAUCAAGUCAACCAAGUGAACCAACCACAAAUUGUCCAUUUAAACCCAAUUCAGCUGGUCUAAUUCGUAUGAGUCCUGUAUUACUUUUUGUUUACGCAAUUUUAUUUAUUUAA